AUGUCUGCGCUCUCUCCUCCAUCAUGUCUCGCUCUCUCCUCCAUCAUGUCUGUGCUCUCUCCUCCAUCAUGUCUGCGCUCUCUCCUCCAUCAUGUCUGCGCUCUCUCCUCCAUCAUGUCUGCGCUCUCUCCUCCAUCAUGUCUGCGCUCUCUCCUCCAUCAUGUCUGUGCUCUCUCCUCCAUCAUGUCUGCGCUCUCUCCUCCAUCAUGUCUGCGCUCUCUCCUCCAUCAUGUCUGCGCUCUCUCCUCCAUCAUGUCUGCGCUCUCUCCUCCAUCAUGUCUGCGCUCUCUCCUCCAUCAUGUCUGCGCUCUCUCCUCCAUCAUGUCUGCGCUCUCUCCUCCAUCAUGUCUGCGCUCUCUCCUCCAUCAUGUCUGCGCUCUCUCCUCCAUCAUGUCUGCGCUCUCUCCUCCAUCAUGUCUGCGCUCUCUCCUCCAUCAUGUCUGCGCUCUCUCCUCCAUCAUGUCUGCGCUCUCUCCUCCAUCAUGUCAGUGCUCUCUCCUCCAUCAUGUCUGCGCUCUCUCCUCCAUCAUGUCUGCGCUCUCUCCUCCAUCAUGUCUGCGCUCUCUCCUCCAUCAUGUCUGCGCUCUCUCCUCCAUCAUGUCUGUGCUCUCUCCUCCAUCAUGUCUGUGCUCUCUCCUCCAUCAUGUCUGCGCUCUCUCCUCCAUCAUGUCUGUGCUCUCUCCUCCAUCAUGUCUGUGCUCUCUCCUCCAUCAUGUCUGUGCUCUCUCCUCCAUCAUGUCUGUGCUCUCUCCUCCAUCAUGUCUGCUGCUCUCCUCCGUCAUGUCUGCGCUCUCUCCUCCAUCAUGUCUGCGCUCUCUCCUCCAUCAUGUCUGCGCUCUCUCCUCCAUCAUGUCUGCGCUCUCUCCUCCAUCAUGUCUGUGCUCUCUCCUCCAUCAUGUCUGUGCUCUCUCCUCCAUCAUGUCUGCGCUCUCUUCUCCAUCAUGUCUGCGCUCUCUCCUCCAUCAUGUCUGCGCUCUCUCCUCCGUCAUGUCUGUGCUCUCUCCUCCGUCAUGUCUGUGCUCUCCUCCGUCAUGUCUGCGCUCUCUCCUCCAUCAUGUCUGUGCUCUCUCCUCCAUCAUGUCUGUGCUCUCUCCUCCAUCAUGUCUGUGCUCUCUCCUCCAUCAUGUCUGUGCUCUCCUCCGUCAUGUCUGCGCUCUCUCCUCCAUCAUGUCUGUGCUCUCUCCUCCAUCAUGUCUGUGCUCUCUCCUCCAUCAUGUCUGUGCUCUCUCCUCCAUCAUGUCUGCGCUCUCUCCUCCAUCAUGUCUGUGCUCUCUCCUCCAUCAUGUCUGCGCUCUCUCCUCCAUCAUGUCUGCGCUCUCUCCUCCAUCAUGUCUGCGCUCUCUCCUCCAUCAUGUCUGCGCUCUCUCCUCCAUCAUGUCUGCGCUCUCUCCUCCAUCAUGUCUGCGCUCUCUCCUCCAUCAUGUCUGGCUCUCUCCUCCAUCAUGUCUGUUCUCCUCCAUCAUGUCUGUGCUCUCUCUCCUCCAUCAUGUCUGUGCUCUCUCCUCCAUCAUGUCUGUGCUCUCCUCCAUCAUGUCUGUGCUCUCCUCCGUCAUGUCUGCGCUCUCUCCUCCAUCAUGUCUGCGCUCUCUCCUCCAUCAUGUCUGCGCUCUCUCCUCCAUCGUGUCUGCGCUCUCUCCUCCAUCAUGUCUGCGCUCUCUCCUCCAUCAUGUCUGCGCUCUCUCCUCCAUCAUGUCUGUGCUCUCUCCUCUUGUGGCCUCGAGAGACGACGUCAUGUUCCAACUAUAG